UCUUACACUUUUCAGAUCAAGCUCUUCGCAUGACGUGUUUUCCUCAGUGUCAGUCCUCUGGGGGCAGAAACCUGAAGUCAUGCCAAGCCGGUCACUGCACAAGUCCCAGGGGCGUGGAAGGACUGGGCAGAGCCGCCUAAACACAGGCUUGGCCCUGGCGCGGCUGUGGGACACGCAGGCUGAGCCCCAGGGGCAGGUAGACUGCUCAGGCAGCUCCCGACCGGGCUCCAAGGGGCCAGCUCAGGCCGCGCCCGUGGCCCCUGCCCAUGACUAUCGUUUGGGGGGCUGUUGUGACUGGGGAGGCUUUGGCACCAGUCCCUUCCCUGGUCCUAAUAGGAGACCCCUGCCCCAGCUCUCAGAUGAUCGUCAGCAGACAGACCAACAGACAGGGACAGACAGGAGGCGUCACCAACACAGCCACCGGCUGGCUCACCUGCCCUGGCCCGGGGCCUGGUCCCUCCGGGGCGGGCUGUGCCUGGUGGCAGCUUCACCCUGAUCUUUCACCUGAUCCUCCGAGCGGGGACGGUGGACAGAACUUUCCACAUCAGAAAAGGUAUCUUCACAUCAAAGGAAAGUUCUCAUCUCCAGGCUUCAUGUAAAGAAGCCAGAAGAAACUGUACCUGCUUCCUCCCCAGCAACCAGGGUGAGACCACCCGGCGGCCCUCGGAGCCCCGAGGCGCAGGAACAGGGACACCGGGCUUCACCCUCAGUCAGGCCCUGCAGGGAGGGCGGGGGUGGGGGUGGGGGACCGCCAGGAAGGCGGUCCAGCGCUGUUUCUCUGCAGCGUGUUUGGCGCAAGGCUUUGCACAUAGAGGGUGUUAAAUCCACAGGCGGCAACAGCAGGUUAAAUUGCCAGCAGGUUAAACUGUCAUCUCGUACAAGGUAAAUCCUAAGUAAGGGUAUGAGGUAAUGCUAACAAGACAACUCAGCCCCAGCCGGUGCGGCUCAGUGGAUAGAGCGUCAGCCUGCGAACUGAAGGGUCUCAGGUUUAACUCCCAGUCAGGGCACAGGCCUGGGUUGUGGGCUCGAUCCCCAGUGUGGGGCGUGCAGGAGGCAGCCGGUCGUUUUUAAAGAAAAGAACAACAUAGCCAGCGUCAGGUGUGCAGGCUGCCCUGAUCCCACAGGCCCGCUCCUGCCCUCUCUGCGUGAGCUGCUGCUGUGUCCUCCGCGUCCCAAGCCUCUGUCCCCCUCAGGCCACGGCUGCUGCAGUAAAGGCAGGUGCCCUGGCCCCGCCGCUGGGUCGUCUUUUAUUUUUAAAAGUGUUUUUAUUGGGAAUGGAGCCCGCAACCUGGGCAUGUGCCCUGACCGGGAAUCAAACCGUGUCCUCCUGAUUCAUAGGUCGACGCUCAGCCACUGAGCCACGCCAGCCGGGCUGGCCUUUAGGUUCUAACCCGGGAGGCUCCCAGGCAAGAGGGCAGUGCCAUCGAGGCCCAUGUUUUGGUAAAAGUGCCAAGAGUGACACGGCCACCAUGGAAGGUGACGCGAGGGGACGGGGAGGGAGCGGGUCGGGCUGGGCCUUCCCGGGUGGGGCGGCGCUUCCUCAGACAUGGGCAGCCCCCAGCUCUGUGGGAGGUGAGCCGUCCUCCCUUCCCCCAGAGUCCAGGACGGGGUCCUGAUGCCCUGGGACCUGCCCCCAGGCCGUCCUUGUGGUGCCCUCUGGAAGGCACCUUCCAGGCCCCGCGUGGGGCUGGGUGCGAGGGCCAGGAAGGAUCUGACCCCGUUGGCCGGCACGGCGACAGGUGGGCUGAAAGACGAGCCCGUGAACUCGAUCUGUGCGCGGGGUGGCCAGCGGCUCGGUUUCAGCUCUCACGGGGCGAGCAUGACCGCGCGGCUUUAUAUAGCUCCGCGGGCCCAUAAAAGCAGGAGGCGCCCUUGUGGAGGGAGCAUCGUCGCUGUCCGGCUGGGCGGCCCCUCCCCUGAGCAGCAGCGGCCCCGGGGCGGCCACCCCGCUGCCCCCAGGAUGCCCAGCAGGACGGUCCGCUAUGAGGGCUACAGCCCCCGGCAGCGGCGCCGGCGGAUGCUGGCCCAGCGCAGCGUGCGCUUCCCCAACGACGUCCUGUUCCUGGACCACGUCCGCCAGGGCGACCUGGAGCAGGUGGGGCGCUUCAUCCGGGCCCGGAAGGUGGCCCUGGACACCCUGUACCCCUCAGGCCUGGCCGCCCUGCACGAAGCAGUCCUGUCCGGGAACCUGGAGUGUGUGAAGCUGCUGGUCAAAUACGGGGCAGACAUCCACCAGCGCGACGAGACGGGCUGGACGCCCCUGCACAUCGCCUGCAGCGACGGGUACCCCGACAUCGCCAGGUACCUCCUCUCCCGGGGAGCGGACAGGGGGGCGGCCAACGACGACGGCGACCUGCCCGCCGACCUCAUCGACCCCGACGCCAAGGACUUGGUGGAGCUCUUCCAGGGCCCCGGGCUGGGCUGAGCCGGCCGCUCCGCGACCAUCCACGCGCGCCAUAUCCACGCGCCCCAUCCACGCGCGCCCGCCCUUGCGCGCACCUCCCGCCCGCGGGGCCGGCCAGGCCCCCGCUCCUGGGACACCCCCCGCCCCGCGCCCCUGGCCGCCUCCUCUCCGGUGCCUUUUGUACGGUGACACUUUGUACUUUUUUCAAUAAACAUGAGCUGAGCCGCG